AUGCUCUCGUCGAAUGAUGACGGGGUGCCGAAGGCAUCGCUCUUGCCGAAUGAUUACCAGGUGCCGAAGGCAUCGCUCUCGUCGAAUGAUGGUGACGGGAUACCAAAGGCAUCGUUCUCGUCGAAUGAUGACGGGAUGUCGAAGGCAUUGCUCUGGUCAAAUGAUGACGGGGUGCCGAAGGCAUCGCUCUCGUCGAAUGAUGACGGGGUGCUAAAGGCAUCGCUCUCGCUGAAUGAUGAUGACGGGAUGCCGAAGGCAUCGCUCUCGUCGAAUGAUGACGGGGUGCCGAAGGCAUCGCUCUCGCCGAAUGAUUACGAUGUGCCGAAGGCAUCGCUCUCGUCUAAUGAUGACGGGGUGCCGAAGGCAUUGCUCUCGCCAAAUGGUGUGAGGGUGCCGAAGGCAUCUCUCGCGCCCUGA